AUGGGAACCAUGACUACUGCAAUUGAAACCGAUGAUUUGCUGAAUAGUUUCCAUCGGUUAUCGAUAAAUGAUCAGAAACGUGUACGCUUUAAGGAGUUUCAUCAUCACGAUCCUGGCAAGUAUGUUUCCAAACCAGCGCACAUUUUCCAAAAAAGUAAAGAGGUGGCCUGUUAUACGGGCGGGAAGUUAUACAUUAAUGAUGGAAAUACUACUAAUCUGACAAUCUUACCGCUGCUAAAGGAGGAUAUCGCAGCUUUGGCUCAAUCAAAGAAUACUCAGAAAUCUGGCAGCUUCAAAAGUAAGUAUUUAGGUUUAAGUUUAUACGCAGGUUUCGAGGACUAUGUUUUUACAAUGUCUCCUGAUAUGUUAGAUAGUGCGAAACCGUGUUUGGACUAUAUCAAUGAGUGGAAUAGAGGGUCCAAGGGUGAGAAGAAAUUUGGCGAAAGCUAUAGGCAUAUCAUUGUGGGUCCUCGACAUCAUUUGGUUGAAUUGACCAUGGCGCUAUUUGCUAACGAUUCCGACUACAAAUUAGUUUGCACUGUUUUGAGGGGGAAGUUUAUUGUUCUUUCUCAAUUUGAUGAUGGAUCACAGCGUAACAGAAAUGAAGGUAUCACUUUGAGCGACCGCCGCACAAGGAUGCUUUGCUAUUCUGGUUUUGUCAUUUGUAAGAUCUGGUCACUGAACCGAGGCAUAAUUCCGAGCCAGUUUUUCUAUUAUGGAACACCAAUUAGACGAGGACAUCUUGCUACUUUUACGUGUGAGAUGGAUGCCUAUAACCAAAUAGAAAAUCACUAUACCGAGUUGAAAUGUUACGGUCCCUUGAAUAUGAAAUCCUCUUAUCAUAAAUCAAAACUGUUGAGGACGUGGGUUCAAACCGAGGUGUCUCCAGAUACCGAUGUUGUGAUUGGUUGUCGAAAUGCGUACGACGGGACUUUGCAAGAUAUCACUCAACUUUCAAGGGAGUCUCUAUACCGCAAAUUCAAUAACAAACACCAGCCCAGAGCACACACGAACUUUAAUUACAACGCCCAGGUUGCUGUUGAAUGGUCACAAUACGCAAUGAAGGCUAUAAUAAGGCUCAUCGAAGGCAACCUUAACCAGAAAUCGGUUUUGGAGCCUCAGGCGUUCGUGGUUACUGUGUACCGUGGACAUGAUAUAGGUAUCCGUAAAUUGAAAGGGGUUCCGAAAUACGCCGAAAUACCGAAAGAGUUUAUAUAG